AUGUCUUUCUUCUCUCGGACCAUUCUCGAGCAGCUUUGGCCUUCUGCGCUGAUCUUUCUGGCAGAGUAUCGUUAUGCACCAGUGCUAGAGACCUCUGUAUUUCUCAGGAUAGGUUGUUCCAGUCGCUACAAUUCAGUUCUGCUUCCGCCGUUAACUUUUUCUUUGCGGCGCGAGCGAUGGAUGGAGGACCAGAGGAUGGACUACGCCAUGGCCUACCCUCCCGGCCCACACCCAGAGACGCUCUACAUGCGACCCGUGGCGCGCACCGUCACCUUCAGCGGCACCAACUCCGUGAACAUGAUCCCGCCAAACCCCCCGCCACCGCAGCAGCAGCAGCAACACCCAGAGCCCCAGCCCCAAGCACCGCCACCCCAAUCGCAAGCGCCACCACCCCAGCACGAGCCCCAGCCGCAACCCGAGCAGCCCGCGCCCGCGCCGGAGGAAGGCGCGCCGCCGCCCGAGCAGCAGCCGAGGCAGCCGAAGCGAGGCAAGAAGAAGCCGCCGCGCCGCGUCCGGUUCGGCCCCGAGCCACCACCACCACCGUCGCAGCAGCAGCAGCAAGAACACCAGGAGCAACAGCAGCAACAAGAACAGCAGCCGGAGCACGCGCCGAACGGCAACCCGGGCAGCGGCGCGCCGGGACACCACGGCCAGCAGGGCCGCGGGCCGCCGGGGUACCUGAGGUACACGCCAUCGCCGCUGCCGAGGUGGGAGGCGACGCCGAGGCGGCACGAGUACUUCUCCGGCGAGUACCGGUACAGCUACCCGACGCCGGUGCGCGAGGGCAUCUACAGCAUGGCCACCGACGCCAACCGCCUCACCACCAUCUUCAGCGAGGAGAACCCCAACGCCUGCGCCAUCGUCUGA